GUGACUCGGGGUGGGAUCUGAGCUCGGGAUUCGACUUUUAUCUGGGAAUACACUUGAGGAAGAUGGGUGAAGAGCGAAGACCAGAACGAAGACCAGAGCAAAGAAAGACAACUUUUGGCUAUUGUAGUUACUGUUCUGCUGCCAGGAAAGAACUGUUGGAGGUUGGACCAGGCAUGAAAAAUGGCAAGAUCUAGAGAAUCAGAGAACACCAAGACGUUGUCAAAAGAACUUCUUCUUACCUCAUUCACCGGCGCCAUCAAAGGAGGCCUUAUAGGCCUUACAGGCUCAGUGAUGCUCAGAUACAUGUGGCCAACCUGGAAAAAUCUCAGAAUACCCAUCAAGUGUUUUUGGCAUGUUAGCUGGGUGUCAAUGGGUGCAGUGUUUUGGGCUGAUAGGCAUCUAGUUGUCUUUAGUGAUAGAAUGCUUUUGGAGCAACAGGAAAAAAAGAGAAAGUUGCUAAAUGACGCUGCUGAGAAUGGUAUUUUUAUCGAUUACAACGAUAAAACUGUAUUAACUGUUUCGCAAUUGGAGCUGAUCAAGCUAGUCGAAAAUCUCGAAAAAUAAUUCAUAUUUCCAUAUGACGUAUCUUCAACAAAUUCAUAUUCCUCAUCAAUCCAUAUAGCCCUAAAUAGAUACUAAAUAGAUUACUCAUAAGUUCUUUGUAGGUUUUUCGUAGAUUCUAAAUGUAUAAUUCUAAAUGUAUAUUCCAAUAAACACUCGUCUCAAAUUGUUGAUUGAUCGGAUUUACCC